AUAAAAGUGCAUAUUGGCUGUUCAGAAGAGAAACCGUCCGAAAUACAGAAGUGUAUCCUGUUGUGAGAAGGAGCAGCUCGCACCAGGAGCCAAUAGGUGGAGUCUCGGGGUGGGGUCUGCUCUCUCUCCUCCCCGUCACUUUUGUUAAGAGUCUCCAUCCGUCGGACGUCCCAGCGAGUCCAGCAGGAGCCAUGACGCUCAACGUGGUGCUGGAGGGUCCGGCCCCCUGGGGCUUCCGUCUGACCGGGGGCAAGGACUUCAACCAGCCGCUGACCAUCUCACGGAUCACCCCCGGGAGCAAAGCCGCCGUCGCCAAGCUGUGCGCCGGAGACGUCAUCCUGGCCAUCGAGGGGGUUCCAGCCACGAACAUGCUGCACUGUGAGGCCCAGAACAAAAUCAAGGAGGCGUCCCAGCAACUCUGUCUCACCGUUGAAAGAAAUGAAUCCAGACUGUGGUCCCCGCAUGUCAUGGAGCAAGGCCGAGCUCUCCCUUAUAAAAUUAACCUAGAAGCCCCGCAGCAGGAGUGCAAACCGGUCGGCGCCGCUCACAAUCGCAAAGCUCAGCCAUUCGUGGCGGCGGCGAACAUCGACGACACGCACCAGGUGGUCAGCACGGCCUACAACACUCCCAUUGGCCUCUACUCCUCAGGAAACAUCCAGGAUGCCAUGGAAGGACAGAUCCGAGGGUUCCUCCCUCAGAAGCCUCACAGUCCCAGGACUCUGGCGAACAUCGAGGAGUCGGACGUGUACCGGAUGCUGCAGCAGGACCAGGAGCAGGACCACCAGGAGCCCAGACAGUCGGGCUCCUUCAAAGCCCUGCAGGACUUUGUCGACAGUGACGGCACUCGUCCCAUUGUAACCAGGUCAGUCAAGGCCCCCACCACCAAGCCCACCGCCCCCACUGGAAACCUGCAGAAACUGCCCGUCUGUGACAAGUGUGCAAAUGGAAUUGUCGGAACUGUCGUCAAAGCUCGGGACAAGUUCCUCCACCCCGGCUGCUUCGUGUGCUCGGACUGUGACGUCAACCUCAAACAGAAGGGCUAUUUCUUCGUGGAGGGCCAGCUGUACUGUGAGGCCCACGCUCGCGCCAGGACGAGGCCCCCGGAAGGCCACGACCUCAUCACCACCUUUCGCUCCGCGUAGACGAUACACAAGCGUCUGAACUGCACACCUUUGUGCGGCCAUUGAAGCUAGUGGUCAGAUGUGAACUUUAAAGAAUCAAUGUCCUUUACAAACUAAAUUGAAAAUGAUAUUCGACGGUAAUUUAGCAACAGUGCUAAUGUGGGCGCCACGUUAGCCAUCGUGCUGUUGCCUUGUGAACCUGCUCAUGACUUGUGAAGCUAAAUCUAGUCGCCAAGUCUGAGCGCUAGUGCUGGCAGGUCGGUGUAGGACACUCACUGUAUCGCUGUGACAUUUUCUACUGACCUUCAUGGUCCUGGCAGAACCAAUAAAGUCGAUCCCAGCCUCGUCUGACUCGCUGCCGUCACUGGCUUCACAAGCUGAGUUUGAGUGUGUGGGCGGGUGGAAGCCGUGAGGUGUUUGGGACUCUGAACCUUUAUUCAUGUUAACACUAGGAGUGGGAUUUGAUUUUUAAAAAUCAAAUGAAUAAGAAUAUUUGCCACAAGAAGCCACAUUUAUCGACUUCAAUGAAUGUGGUAUAUUACUGACUCACACAUCCAUUUUAACAACAAAAUAUUGUUUAUUUUGCAUCAGUUUGACAAUAGCACAAUAAACCAGGAUGGUGGCUAUAUUCAAGUUUUUAUAUCACUUUAUUUAAACUGAAGCUCUUUUAAUGUCUUGAAAAUAUUUGUAUAAGAAUGUCAAGUCCAUCCAUGAACAAAAGCAAACAGAUGCUUUUGUUUGCUUUUGUUCAGGGAUUCCUGCAUGUUUGUUGUUGUUGUUCUCACGUGUCUUGUGCAUCAGUGGGAUCAGUGGAGCAGGAACUCCUGCACUCAUCCGCACACAUCGCGAGUCCCAGACUGCUGCGCUGCGCUCCCGUUCCCGAGCGCAAUAUUCCUGCAGCACCCAGCUGCUCACCUUGUCACUUGUGUUGCCAACCGGACCUGGCAACGCUGACUAGCGCGAUGGUGGUGUUUGGGCAAAAGCGUCAUCUUUCCAAAACUGAUGCAUUGUUUUUUCACAUGCUGUCUCUUCUUGAGUUUGUGAUGAAGUUUGUGGCCCAUUUCAAGCAUGAAUCUUGUUGCAUUACCCCGUAUUGAUGGGAAAAAAAAAACAAAAAAACUCAAACUAACAAUAAAACUAAUUUACAUUCCAACGUCAUAAUCUGUCUCACCGACAAUCGCGGAGGCCGUUCUUCAAUCCAGAAGACGUGUCAUCACAUGACGAUACGCUACUAAGUGUCACAGGAAACACUUGUCACAGAAGUGAACACGAUUAUGGACGUUCUCUGUGUUUUUAAAUGGAAAAAUCCUGUGCAAAACAUCAUAACAAAGUGACAGGAACACAGCCAUUGCUCGCGGAACCAAAGUUCCCGUGUCCCUGCAUGGACUGAUCAGGUGAGAGCGGCCGCUGAGUGAUAUUGGAGGCUUGAAUUUUUCCGUUAAAUAUUCCUGUCUCUGCUCGCAUCUAGGCUCCAUCCCGUUCCCCGUCACACUGGAAGCGAUGAAUACAAAUGACCUUGACGGAGGACCUUCAUGGACUUACCACUUCAUGCAACAGAUUUUGUCAAGUAAAUUCCCGUCCAAAAUGUGACUUGCGGUCCAGUGUGAUCCAGACUUAUUAGGUUUUUGUUUUUCUUCAAGAGGCAGUAUUGGACUUAUAGAUGCAGUACCCGCCC